AGCGCUCUGUAAAGCAGCGCCCCCCUUCGUCGGUGAUCACAUGUUGUCAGCUGCAAAUCGGCCGAAGUUGUUGAAAAGUUUUGACAAGACCAAGAAGCUUCGAAACAGCUGCAAAGGGACCGGGAAGGCGACUGAUAAUCGCUACUAAACUCUGAUUUUCAGUCCGGAGAAACGACGGAAUCCACCGCGCAGAAAGUGAUGACUUCGGGAUUCAAUCUCGACUUGGGACCCCUAAAAGAGCCUUUGGCAUUCAUCCGUUUGCUAGAAUGGGUCUUCUCCAUAUUUGCCUUUGCAACAACCGGAGGUUACAGCGGCUCAUCCAGCAUCAAUGUCCGGUGCAACGGAACUGACAAUCAGGAAAUACAAGCAAACUUCAACUACCCAUUCAGGUUGAUGGAUCAUCCCUAUAAGGUCCCUAACUGUAAUGGGUCUGACACUACUUACUACCUGACUGGAGACCACUCGUCCUCUGCGCAGUUUUUUGUCUGCAUUGGUGUGUUUGCGUUCCUCUACAGCACUGCCACACUAAUCCUCUAUUUGGGCUACCAGCACUUGUACAGAGAAUCUAGUCGUGGCCCCAUUGUGGACCUGUUGAUGACCGCGGCGUUCGCCUUCCUGUGGUUGGUAUCAGCUUCUGCUUGGGGUAAAGGCUUGUCUGAUGUCAAGAGUGCUACCAGUCCUCUGUUCAUUGUGACUCUUAGCAAUUGUGAUGCUAACCUACGCAAGUGCGCUGCGGGGGCUUUCCCUCAUGUUGGUCGACUGAAUGCGUCUGUGAUAUUUGGUUUUCUGAACCUCAUCCUGUGGGGAGGCAACUGCUGGUUUAUUUACAAGGAAACACCUUUUCACAAAUCAACCAACCAGCCUGCAAAUGUGGAAGGGGGGAACUAGACCACUGCAAACACAGCCACUUCAUUUCUAAAUCGUCUAACAUGUAGUAUUGCUACAUUAAUACUUUUGAUAAUAACUCCAAAAGCAAGAUACUGUUCAAAGGUUUGGCAAACGUGUUUAAAACUGACUGCUUUUUUUUUUUUUUUUUUUUUUUUUUUUUUUGCAGUAUUAAUUUUAGAUCUCAGUUUUAUUUCAAACACAUUUAACAAGGUUCACACAGGAAUUUGUAUUUUUGAACAUUUUUAUAUCUAUGCAUCAAAUAUGAAGUGUUGUAUUUCGUAACCAUACGUUCUGUAAUCAGAAACUUUGUUUAAGACUCAGGGCUGUUGAGUGUAUGAAUUAAGAUAUACUUUAAGUGCAUUGAUUCUUACCACAAACGUGGACACAAAUUUCAGCCCAAUUUGAAUUCAAAAGGCCUGAAAAUGUGGAGUUAUGCCAAGUUAAUUUUAUGUAAUAGCCAGUGUGAGAUUGUCUCAAGUGGAGCCAUUUCGUUUAAUCGAUUUUGUGUCAUGUUACGCCUCAUCAUCUCUUUAUGCCAGGAUCAUUUUACUUGUUUAAACCGACACCGAAUAAUUUGGUGAAUGUGGUGCUUCUAUCCAUCAAGAGCAUGCCCACUCUUAUUACUUAUUUGGUAUAUUUAGGUAUUUUCUCCAAUAGGAUAUUCAUUUUUCUUUUUCUACAACUUUCUAAACCAAGGAGUCUGUUUAAAUUGAGGAGUUUGUAAUAAAAUGACACGGUCCAAUACACUAUUUGAAUAAUAUUGGUAUGCUUGCUAUAUAACUUUAGCUGCUUGUUGGUUCUAUUAAUUUUUUUUUUUUUUUUUGUUAAACAACUGGCUAAUCUCAUAUCUGUUUUCAGUAAAUGUAUCUUUCUUUUGCAAGGCUUCUACCUCUUCUUUUUUAUAAGGGAAUGCAAGCCAUUUGUUUUCAUUUCCAUCACCGUUAUGGUUUCCUACUUUUUGUGGACUUGCUUGAUUCCCAGUUUCUAGCUUUAUCCAUCACUGUGUUGUUAGAAAUGCUAUGGAGGAGACUUGAGUCUGUGGUAGAGUACAGAAAGAAGUUGUGUGGAAAUUGUAUGAAAUGCUACGCUUGAUUAAAAGAAAGAACUGCA